CUCCUCCUCUCCGUGCUUCUGUAGUCAUUCUGUGUCUCUCUCCAUCAGCAGCGGUCUGGAUGCUUGCAGGGACAGAACCAUGGCUGUGAAUCUGGGGAAGAACAGACUGGCCCUGCUGACCGCCUACCAGGACGUCAUUGACGAGUCCUCCGACACCGACUGGGCCUUGUACACAUAUGAAGAUGACACCAAUGACUUGAUCCUGGCAACAUCAGGCGGAGGCGGUCUGCAGGAGAUCACAAUGACCUUUGACAACAGCAGCGUGAUGUAUGGCUUCUGCAGCCUGAAGGAGCCCAGCGCCGCUCUGCCACGAUACAUCCUCAUCAACUGGGUUGGUGAAGAUGUUCCAGAUGCCAGGAAGUGUGCCUGUGCCAGCCAUGUCGCCACCAUCGCAGACUUCUUCCAGGGCGUGGAGGUCAUCGUCAACGCCAGCAGUCUGGAGGACAUUGAACCGUCAGCCAUUGGGCAGCGGCUGACCAAUGGAACGGCGGCUGUGGCGAGUCCAGUCCUGAGCCGCCUGAAAACUCGCGAAGAUGAGCACGGAGACGUGGGCACAGUGUACGAGAAAACCAAUGCAGAGGUGGAGAUGAAGAAAAUCAAUAGAGAGGAGUUUUGGGAACAGGCCAAGCGCGAGGAGGAGUUGAGGAAGGAGGAGGAGAAGAAGAAGUUGGCGGAGGAGCGGCAGCGUUUCGAAGAGGAGCGAAUGGAGCUGGAGAGGAAGGAGCAGGAGAACCGAGAGAGGAGGUACCGCGAGAGGGAGCGGCAGAUAGAGGAGCACAGGAAGAAGAAGCAGGAGGAGGAGGAGGCCCAGGAGAGGCUGAGGAGCCAGACCACCUUAGUAACAGAGCCGAGCAUCGAGGACCUGAAACUGGAAAAGAAGGAGUCGGAGGUGGAGGAAGCGAAGGCCAUCAUCGCUCAGCGUUCAGGAAACCCUCGAGAGUUCUUCAAGCAGAAGGAGAGAGCCAUGACCAUCAGUGUUGACACUUCGCCUGUCUCCAUCCACAGGACCGGCCGUUUGGACAGCCCGUUCUUGAGGCAGCAGCACAGUCCCAGCAGCCCCAGUCCGAGCCCCCUCCCCCGGGGCACUUCCCCCCUCCGCACCCCGCCACACGCACGGACGCAGCCCGCCGCUGCAGCCGGGGAAAAUGACGAUGAAGCAAGUACAGAGCGCAGCAUGGCCGCCGUGUCACCUAUUCCUAAAAUAGUCACCACACCAAUUAAAGAGGACUUCGCCAGGGAGGAUGAGCACUCCAGAGACGAGUGGGAUUCGGUGCCAAAGAAGGAGCAGAAACCUCCCGUCCAGGAGUCGACGCCCACUAAGCCGGUGCAGAGCGUCGCCCCGCAGGCCCACGAGACCUCCAACUUCUCCGUGUGGGAGUCCGGGACAGAAAGCCUGGUCAACCUGUGGGACAGCAGCUCCGCCUCCAACGCCAACACCUCCCAGACCUCCCACUCCUCUAACCUGGUGGACCUGAUGGGCGACAGCAGCGACGUCCCGCCCAGCACCGCCGCCACCGGCUCCAGCGGCCGGCCUCAGCCCCUCCUCAGCUUCGAUGAGAUGAUGGACGGGACUUUCUGCUCGGCCACCGGCGCCGAGGACGACCCCACUAGUCUGGUGGAUGUGACGGGUCCUGAUCAGAUGACCCUCAGCUACCAGCAUGCACUGCAGCACGCAUCCGGGGAGGGUUCCGAGCUGGAUGACGGACAGCUGCUGAUGACCAAUGGGGAGACGCUGCUGAAAGAAGGCACUCAGGCGAGUGAGGGGUAUUUCAGCCAAUCACAGGAGGAGGAAUUUGGCCAAACAGAGGAGUCCUCCGCUAAACCUGCACCUGUCUUUUAUAAUAAGCCACCAGAGAUUGACAUUACGUGCUGGGACACUGACCCCGUGGUCGACGACGAGGACGACUAACCAGCCAAUCAGACACCGGCAACGGACCAAGAGGAAGUAGGAAGUGCGCUUCAAGAAGAAAAAGAUUUUUUUCUAAAAAAACAACAAAAAAAAAUAACAAAACAGACAAAAAAAGUAAUAAUAACAAGUCUUGCAUCAAAACUACUUCUGUAUUAUCUUUUAGAGGAAAUGAAAACGUAGCCACCAAAAUAAACGGGGUUUGAGUUAAAGAUGCUAACAGUUUGAAAGGCUCAGUUAUGAUUUUUUUCUGUGUGUUAUUUUUAUUUAUUUGUUUUUCUUCUUCAUUUUUUUUUCCUUUUUUUUUUUUUUUUUUUUGCUAUGCAGAUAUAAUAGCUGGGUGCGGGGUACUUCUGUUUGUGUAUGAUGAUUUCUGACACGUUAACGUAGCGCACUGCUGCAUAUUAGAGACAAUGAAGCCCAGUGUGCGGCAGGAAGUCGACACACUUAGUCUGUAGUGCUUUAAUAACACCCUAUAAAACUAAUAACAGUGGAUUAUUACAGCUGCCAUGUAUAUCUUCACUCUGUUUCUUUUCUUACCUCUUUUCUACCUCCCUCCUCCCUUCUGCCUUCUUCCUUAAAACGUCUUCAAAUACUCACCUCUGCAAGUCAGCUAAUCUUGUAUUUAGUCCCACUUUAUCGGAAGGUGAUUUAUUUUAUUUAUUCCAGUGCAUCUGAACAUCAUAAGCAGCUGAAAGGAUCCCGACCAAGAAAAAUCUUUUCAUUCCUCCAACUGUUGCUCCUUUCUGACCUUUUUCAUUCCUUUUGUACAAUUUCAAGACUGAAUUCAAGAUUAAAUGGCUUGUAAAUCUGUUCGCUUAUUAUUGCAAUUUUUUUCUGUCCGUUUCUGUGUUAAUGAACGACAUUUUCUCUACUCGACCUCUCCUCUGCUUCCACAAAUAUAAUCAUAUUUUCCCCUGAUAACAUAUUCACACAAACAAAGAAAAGCAAUACUCGGAUCUGACUUGUAAGUGUUCAAAGCCAUUUUUCGAUAGAACUUUCAGGUAGCAAGAUGUGAAGGCUAUUUUUCUGCAAUUUUUUUCGUGUGCUCCUAAGUAAAUCUACGCCAAGGCAAAAAAAAUUUCCCUUAAAAUGCUAAAAUUUAAUAAUCUUGUCAAACCAUUCUAAAAAAAAAAGACAAUUUCGUGCUGCAAAAUUGUAUCUCCAUUUAUGGGUAGAAACACAUGGAAGCUUUAGUAAAUCUUCUCUAUUAUUCUAGAUGAAUAUUUCAGAUUGUUCCGAUGAUAACUGUGUUAGAUUAGAUGGUUUUACAGUCAAAAUUUACUCGUGUUACGGUGGUUAUUGUUAGGUAUUAUUCUAAUUAUGGUAUCAUCAGGAAGGCGGUGUUAGUGAGUGACUUCCUGGAAGAAAACUAAACAAAUAACAUCAUCAGAAGCUGUAGCUACUGAAAACGAUUUCGAUUUGCAGCAAAAACACGUUUCACAAACUGAAAUACAAAUGAAAACAAAAACACAAGCACAAACUGAAGUGAAUCAAAACAACAGGUCAAAUUCAGAUUUUUGUUUGUUUUCCGUCGAAUGUUAAUGGUUCAUGAUUUGCAAGAAUAAAAUAGUUUUGCACAAUAUUGGACGUUUAAUAAACAAUGGUUUUGUAAAAUCA